AUGAAUACAUUAAAGAAAGAGAAAAAAGAGAAAGAUAAGAAAAAGGACGAUAAAAAGAAAGACAAAAAGAAGAAUAAAACAUUUCAUCUUAUUGAAGAACGUGAUAUGACACUAGGAAUUCAAAUAUUAAAGACACCUCUUUCUGAAAAAGAUGUUUUAUAUACUAUUAAAAUUGUUUUUGUUGGAGAUCCAUGUACGUUAGAUGAUAGAAAAAAAUUAUUAUGGGGAUAUUAUCAUAAUCAUCAAAGUCAAGUACUUAAAGACCUUGGAACAACUAUGAAAGAUGUUAGAAUUGAUGGGUUUGAUGGAAGAAUUAGUAUGACAUUAUAUGAUAAUAAUAUUAAUCGUGCAACAUCAUACUUUCCAUUUAGUGGAGUACAUGGAGUAUUUUUAGUAUAUAGAAAUGAUGAUGAUAUGUCAUUUAGACAUGUUUAUAAUUGGUUAUCAGAAGCAAGAAGAUUUUGUAAUAAAGAAAAUGUUUUUGCAUAUGUAAUUGGUAUAUUUCCAAAUGAAGAGAGUAUUAACCAAAUACCAAAGGAAAGAAAAGCAAUUCUUCAUUUAAUGAAAAUGAAAACAUUUAAUUAUUGUCCAGGAAAAGAAGAAUUAUUUGAUGAAUUUAUUAAUGAAAUGGUUUGUUCAAUAAGAAAAAUUAACUUUAGAGAUGAUAUUCUUGAAGUUCAAUGGGAGAAAAGAUUAUUUGAAUCAGGACAAUAU